AUGGACGCCAUUUCGUUUGUGCUCGGCAUUAAGUCUUCUCACCUUCGAUCUGCUCACCUUAAAGAUUUGGUCUACCGAGGUCGAGUCUUGAAGACAUCUAAGAUCAACGAUGACGGUUCUGCCGCGACGAAUGGGCAAGCACAAGCAAGCGACGACAAGGCAUCUCGUGGCGACCCAAAAACUGCAUGGGUUAUGGCUGUAUAUGAGGAUGAUAGUGGCGAAGAACAUAGGUGGAAACGUUCCAUUACAAAUCAAGGCGCAAGCGAAUAUCGCAUCAAUGACCGAAGUGUCACUGCACAACAGUACAAUGCGGCUCUCGAAAGCGAAAAUAUUCUCAUCAAAGCGAGAAACUUUCUCGUAUUCCAAGGAGAUGUCGAGGCGAUUGCAUCUCAAUCCCCCCAGGAUUUGACACGCCUAAUUGAACACAUUUCUGGAAGUCUGGAGUAUAAACAAGAGUACGAAAAUCUCCAAGCUGCUGCUGAGCAGGCGGUCGAAAAUCAGAACUUCCAACUUCACAGGCGACGCGGAAUUAAUUCCGAAAUCAAGCAGUAUCGCGAGCAAAAGAGAGAAGCCGACAGCUUUCAAAAGAAGAUGGAUGAGAAAGAUGCGGCCAUCGUAACGCAGUGUCUUUGGAAGCUUUUUCACUUCCAGAAAGCCAUGGAUGAAUCCAGCGCCGCCAUUCACAGUCACCACGAGGACCUUAAAGAAUUGCGACGCAACGUUGAGACUUACGAAGGGCAACUCGAAGCUGCACGCCGAGAACAAAUAUCAGUCUCGCGACGCGUUGGUCGGGUGGAUCGAGAGAUCCGACAAAAGGAGCGUUCGAUUGAGGAUCGCGAAAAUGCGCUGGUGCCAUUCGAUGAAAAGAUACACGAGUCAUCGCAGCAAGUCGAUCGACUGCAGUCUCAAAACCAGAAAGUUGUAAAAGAGCGAGAUGAGCAAGCAGACAUUGUACAAAAGGUGCAGAGCGACAUUGAAAGCGUUAAUAAGGCUCAGUCAAUUUUCGAAAAAAACAUCCAGGAGCAGAUGCAAAAACAAGGCGUGGCAAUUAGCGAUGCUGAUCGCAAAGAAUAUAAUACGCUCCGCAGCGAAGUCAUUGCCAGCUCCGGUACAGAUCAUACAAAGCUUGAGAAUCUGGAGAGGCAGCGCAAGGCAGAUGAAGUCACGGUCAAUAACCUGAAAGGCAAGGUUGACAGCAUCACGGCCGCCAUCUCCAAAACAGAGUCCGAGCUCAGCAGCAUCGGAGAAAGAAAAGAUGCCGUGGAGACCGUCACAAAGAGUCUUUCCAGUGAAAUCGCCGCCAAGAAGAAAGAGUUCAAUCAGCUCCAGUCCGAGCGUGUUCGAACCAACCAAAAAAGGACCGAAUUAGAAGAAAAGCUGGAAGAUGUCGCGAAAAAGCUGCGAGAGGCUGAUGAUGGGCGUCGCCAAAAUGACCGCGAGACGCGCUUGAAAGAUAUGGUUGCAUCUCUGAGACGCAUUUUUCCUGGUGUACGAGGAAGAAUCGGCGACUUGUGUACACCGAAGCAAAAAAAGUACGAUGAAGCCAUCAUCGUGGCGCUGGGAAGAGAUUUCGACUCGGUAGUUGUUGACACAGAGAAAACGGGCGUUGACUGUGUUCAGUACCUCAAGGAACAACGGUUUGCACCGAUGACCUUCAUUCCUUUGGACAACAUUAAAGUCAACGCCGUGAAUACGUCUGUUAAAGGCAUUACUGGAGCCAGACUCACCAUUGACACCAUCAAUUUUGAUUCCUCCAUUGAACGCGCGUUAUCCUAUGCUUGCGGAAGCUCUGUGGUUUGCGAAACUCUAGAUGUUGCCAAGCACAUUUGCUACGAGAAGAAGAUUCCUGUAAAGGCAGUCACUCUAGAAGGCUAUGUCAUUCAUAAAGCCGGUCUCAUGACUGGUGGCCGAGGGCCCGAACCCAAGGGAGGCAAGCGAAAGUUCGAGGAGGCUGAUGUUCAGAACCUCCAGAGGAUGGCUACAAAACUGAAAGAAGAGAUCGACCGACUCCCUCGCGCUGACCGACGUGGCAGCAAGGAGGAGACACUGCAGAUUGAGCUAGCUGGCUUGGAACGUCGUGCCAAAGCUACUAAUGAAGAGCUGGUGGUCUUCCAAGAGAACUUCUCGAGCAAGAAACGAGAGCUGGAAAAUUUAAAGAAACAGCUUCGCGAAAUCCAACCAAAAUACAAAGAACAAGCAAAACAGCUCGAAAGCACCACUUCCACUGUACAGCAAUUCCAGAACGCAAUUGGAAAAGUGGAAGACGAAAUUUUCUCGGGCUUCUGCAAGCGCCUCGGGUAUAGCGACAUUCGUGCUUUCGACGCUUCCCAAGGCAAACUCGAGCAAGAAGUUUCGGAGAAGAGAAAUCAGUACGAGGUUCAGAAGCAGCGCCUGGAAAGCCGCCUCAAGUGGGAAGUAGCCCGACACAAUGAUACUGAGUCCCGUAUCAAGAGAAUGCAGGAGCAGAUCAAGCGCUUGAAGCAAGAUAUCAAGGCCUAUACCAAGGAAAAAGCCGAUAUUGAAAAGGAGAUGCGCGAAGAACAGGACGAGCUCGAAGCUCUACGGGAAACGCUAGAGGAACAUCAAGCAGAUCUUGCCGAGAAGAGCGAGCGCGUUAACGAGGCCAAGGCCGAAGUACAACAACGUGGCAAAGAUAUUGAAGCUCUGCACAAGAGUAUCAAUGCCUUAGAAACGACGCUGCAAAAGAACAGUGCUGGUAAGUCUGGGUUGCUGCGAAGAUGUCGGCUUGAGCAGAUCCAGAUUCCGCUCGCGGAAGGCGCGUUGGACAAUUUGCCCAAUGAAGACGAUUUGCUGCGCCAAGAUCCAGACGCCAUGGACGUCGACGCUGAGGGCGAGGAAAUGGUCGACCUUGCGCUGGACGAUCACGGCAUCGAAAUCAAUUUUGAUGGCUUGGGUGAUGACCUGAAGCAGGCAAGUGAAGAAUUCAAAAAAUCCGAUGAUCCGAGCGUGGAUGAUUCCCUCACAGAGCGCAUCACAAACCUGACGAGUGAACUGGAAAAGUUGAACCCUAAUAUGCGUGCCAUGGAACGACUUGAGAGUGUUGAGUCUCGCCUGAAACAAACUGAUCAAGAAUACGAAGACUCCAAGACUGCUGCGCAGGAGGCGAAGGAAGCCUUCAGCAAUGUGAAACAGAAACGAUACGAAAUCUUCAACAAGGCCUUCACGCACAUCCAGGAGCAGAUCUCGCAUGUCUACAAAGACCUGACUCGGUCGGAUGCUUACCCCCUUGGAGGACAGGCUUACCUUGAUAUUGAGGAGGACACAGAUAUGCCGUACUUGUCUGGCAUUAAGUACCACGCCAUGCCUCCCCUGAAAAGAUUCCGUGACAUGGAACACCUUUCCGGUGGUGAAAAGACUAUGGCUGCGCUGGCACUUCUCUUCGCUAUUCAUAGCUACCAGCCCAGCCCGUUUUUCGUUCUCGACGAGGUCGAUGCAGCACUGGAUAAUGCCAAUGUGGAUAAGAUCAAAAAGUACAUCCGCGAGCAUGCUGGUCCUGGCAUGCAAUUUAUCGUCAUCAGUUUGAAGACUGGUCUGUUUCAAGACAGCGAGAGCUUGGUAGGAGUCUAUCGAGACCAAGAAGUAAACAGUUCGAGAACAUUGACAUUGGAUUUGUGUUCACAGACUGGCCGAUCCUACUACCUAUCGUGCAUCCCCCAAGAACAUCAGUUGGAAAAACACCACCGCCGCCAAGUCACCGUUCUUCGCGAUGACGACCUGGCAUACUUGAUGGCUACAAAUCCGAAAGAUCUCCACAAAAUAUGCGGAAAACUUCGAGAAGAUCGAUUCCUGACAGUACAUACAAGACCAGAACUUCGAGAAGGAAACCCGCGACCGAGUAAUCGUACCUGGUACUACAUAAACUAUCGACACACCAUUGAUGCCAUCAAAUGGCGCGUGUACACGAUCGACAAGGAUGUCCAAGGAACAACGGAGCGGACAGCAGAGAAGAAGGAAUACGUUUGUCCAUUCUGCAAAGCUGAAUGGUCACCUUUGGAGGUGUUAGACAGCCAUGGCCCGAACGGUUUCAUAUGCCAUCGCUGCGGCCAUAUCCUUACAUUUGAAGCAGAUCGUAAUGCUGGUGGCCAUGAACAGUCCACUCGACUGAACGACCAAUUCAAGUUCAUGAGUGAUCUUUUACAGAAAAUCGACAACGUACACAUACCAGAGUGUGAUUUUGAUCGCGCUCUCGCGAAGGCUAGGCCGGUGGUUCGCGACGCUACACACCAAGUUGUGGCGACGAUGCCUAUGGAUGCGAACCUCAACAGACCAAUGGCUGUGAAGGGACUGACAAAUACUGGUCCUCAGUUCAUCUCUGUCAACAUUUCUACGGUUGAGGGUGCAUCAGAAGCAGAAAAAGAGGCCGAAAUUGCCCGUCGGGAGAAGCUGGCGGCACAGAAUGCAUUGCCGUCAUGGAUGUCAAAUAGCACUGUCACUGGAGAAUCCUUCUCUGGCGCUAUGGGAACAGGAAUUACCGCAGUCAAGAAGGAAAUUGGAGCCGGCGAUGAUUCAGAGCAAAAGCAUGUAGACAGCAAGGCCAUCGCUCAGAUUGACGAUAUUUUUGAGACGCUCAAAGCCGAAGCUGCACAGAGGCAACAAGAUAACCCUGAAGAUGAGGAGGGCUCUGACGAGGACGAAGAUAAUUUCGAAGAUGUCCCAGAGACUGUCAAUGAUCCAAGCUCGCAUACUUUGGAUAUCAGCGAGUCGAUGAAGCGGGACCCAUCUGAGGAGGAGUUUAAAGACGAACCUGGCUCAGAAGACCACACCAGAAAGAGGGCAAAAAUCGAGCCCAGUACUAAAACAGAUACAGCGGUGAAUGACAUCGGGGACGAUGAUGAUGAUGAAGAAGAAGAAGAAGAAGAUGAAAUGGAAUUCGAAGAUAUCUGCCUCGAAAUCACGGAGGUUUUCCAAUUGGCAGCAAGUCGAGAGCUGAAUACCGAAAAAUUGCGGGUCAGCUGCUCUGCGGAGGGUCUCUCUGUCUGUGUUCAGCUUGUCUGCCAUAGGUAUGUUUGUGCUCGUCAUAGUUCGUUAAUACACUGUUUCUCACCCAAUCAUCCAGCCACUGGACAACAAUUUCUUUCGCCUCCUUGCGAACAAAAAAUCUCCGAUUUCAUGUCGCUAUCUCUGCCAAUCAUCUUCCUCCUGCAGACGAAUUUGAAGCCUGCAGAGUUACACGAGCUAGAGAAGAGCAUCCCAACGCUGACCUAUGAUGUCCACGAAGCAGAAGUAGUAUUGGGCAGAGUAUCGCACAAGCAGCGCGCUCAGUUCGAGCUGCGCCGGUUGAAGCUAGAUACGGACUCUAUUGAAGCUGGUGCAAUGGGACAUGAAGCUGCUGAAGAUGGGGGACCUGCUGGGCGGUACCCCAAGCGCCAGAAGCUAGAGUUGCCAGCGUCGUCUUCGGAAGCAGACAAUUCUGUUGUGAGAGUUGUGCAUUUGUCAUGGCUAACUGAAUCCUUGGAGAAACAUGAACUCCUGCCGAUGUCAAGUUACAUUGUAUAUGAGGGACGGAAGAGGACACACAGCACAUCGAUGCUCGUCGAUAGUCAAGUCGAUUCGGGCAAGACAACAACCAGCGGCAUCCUUGAGCGCGUGGCAGAUGAAAAAUCAGGCUUAGGCGAACGCCUGACUUCGCAGAUUGAGGGGGGAGAAAAAGUAGAACAACAUAUGACCAAGUAUCCGCCAGCGGGUGCCAUUGCGAAACCGGGCUUAACCCGCGAAUCGACGUCAGAGCACGACAUUCAGCUUCCCCUCAUCCCAUAUCAUCUUCACACAACUUAUUCGUGCCAGAGGCCUACUCCAAUCAAUCCGCCAAAUUCCAGCUUUAUAGAUGAACUGAAGAGCAUCCGAACGAUUCGUCUUCUGCAGGGUGACAAAAUAGGGGUACGCGCUUAUUCAACAUCCAUAGCGUCAAUCGCGGCGUAUCCUUACAAGAUACAGAAACCUCAAGGUACUGCCUUUACCCUGAUACCCGAAGAUUUGACUAGCAUGUUGGAUUCUAACUACCUUGCAGAAGUAUCCCGCUUGCCAGGCUGCGGUAGUAAAAUUGCCGAGCUGUAUCAGGAGUGGCAUGCAACGGGGCAAACUGAGGAGAUGCGGGAAUCCAAAGCAGACCCAAAAAUAGAUGUGCUGCGAAUUUUCUACGACAUUUGGGGGGUGGGUGAUACAACUGCAAGACACUUCUACCAAAAAGGAUGGCGGGAUCUGGAUGAUGUAGUGGAACAUGGUUGGAAAUCGCUUAGCCGUGUACAACAAAUUGGGGUCAAGUAUUACGAGGAGUUUCAGAAGAAGAUUGGUCGCGAUGAAGUCGCUCGGAUAGCGGAUGUCAUCUUGGACCAUGCUCACCGUCUAGACCAAGCAUACGAAUUGAUUGUCGUGGGUGGUUAUCGGAGAGGCAGGGAAGAGAAUGGAGAUGUUGAUGUCAUAUUGUCACAUAAAGAGGAACACAAAACAUCACGUCUUGUGGAGAAACUUGUUUUGAGCAUCGAGAACGACAACUACAUUACACACACACUGAGUCUGUCAACAAGAAACAGCGAACGAGGCCAAGUACCGCUUCAGUGGAAAGGUGAAGGCAGCACAUCGGGCGCAGGCUUUGACACCCUUGACAAGGCAAUGGUUGUCUGGCUCGAUCCAAAGGAUGCGAAAGCGUUGCACCGGCGAGUUGAUAUUAUUGUCAGCCCCUGGAAAACGGUCGGAUGUGCCAUCUUGGGCUGGAGCGGUGAGACGACAUUUCAACGAGAUCUCCGACGGUACUGUAAGAAGGAAAAGGGGCUCAAGUUCGAUAGCAGCGGUAUUCGCAAUAGAGCAAAUGGUAGCUGGGUCGAUCUUGAGCGUGGUGAUGGAAGCGCCGAUAGCAUGGAGGAAGCUGAGAGACGAGUCUUUGACGGACUGAAUAUUCCUUGGCGGCCGCCAUGGGACCGAUGCACAGGCUAG